AUGUCAAAACUGUGUGGUUUGAACGUAGUUCAGCUACGAGAAGAACUACAGAAACGAAGCCUUGUCACAAGUGGCAACAAAGAAGUACUAGUAGCACGUCUGAGAGAAGCUCUCAUUAACGAAGGUAAGAACUCAGACGAAUUCAAGUUUGAUGGUGCUGACGAAGACAAUGAAAUUAGCACAGGCACGUUUACAACCGCUAAAAUGAUGGAACUUCUACUUAGUAUGUCAACUGAAAUGAAACAGAUCAAAGAACAACAGAAGAGGGUUAGGGUUACACUUAGUAUGUCAACUGAAAUGAAACAGAUCAAAAAACAGUCCGAACGACAGUCCGAACGACAGACAGAAGAGUUAAAACAACAGACAGAGGAGUUAAAACAGAUCAAGGAACAGUUCGAACGACAGACAGAGGAGUUAAAACAGAUCAAGGAACAGCUAAAACACGUAAAACUGGAAGUGGCAGAACAGAUUGAAGAACAGUCAACAAGAAUAGAAAUGAUCGAGCAGAAACUUGAUCGUCAGACCGUUGAGGUUGAUCACAAGAUAGACAAAUUGAAGCGAGAAUUGGAGCAAUCCAAAAAAAUGGCCAUGCCGUUAGAUUACGCAUCCGGAAGAACUUUGAAGGCACCAGCAUUUGACGGAGAGAUGUCUUGGAACGUUUAUAAAACCCAGUUAAAAGCAGCGGCAACUAGUAACUGUUGGAACGGAAAAGAACGAGCAACAGCACUGAUACUGGCCCUGCGAGGUUCAGCAGCAGAGGUUCUUCAGACGAUUUCUGCGGAGAACCACUUCAAUUAUGAAGUUCUGGUUAGCGCGUUGGAUUUACGUUAUGGUGAAGAAACAGAACGCAACGAUCUGACCCCGAGCAUAGAGACGAAACUACCCUGGAUACGUUUAUCAAAGCCCUUCGUGAUUCGGAACUCAAACAAUCCCUUCUCUUGUCAGAUAAACGAAAACUCAAGGAUGCCGUUGCGCACAGUCUCACUUUUGAAUCGGCAAAGCAAGCAUCAAAAAGUGACGUACGUCUACGCCAAGUACAUGAAGAAUGCUCUUGCCAGAAGAUGGCGCAAAAGAAGAGAAGAUGAUCCUGUAUCACGAUUGGCCCCUUCUAACGAAGGGGCGGGAAAACUAAUAAAAGCCAACUUUGUGGGGCAGAGGUUGGCUAGUAGAAUUGACGCCCCCAGUACCUCUGUUCGGCUUGAGGAUUUAAAACGUUUGAGUAAUGAGGUUGAAACUAUUAAAAAAUCUUCUUCAUGUGAAUUUGCUGAGGUGGAGCAUGUUAAAAAGUGGAAUGCAAGAAAAAAUAACAUCAUUGUCUUUAAUCUUGUGGAAAACAGUCAUUUCUCGAAAGCAAAAGAUAAGGAGAUAAUGUCUGGCCUUUUUAAGGCUUUGCUACCUGAAACUGAUAUUAGCAAGAAGAUAUCAGACUGCUUUAGAUUGGGUAAAUUAACUGGAGAAAACCAAAGACUAUUAAGAACCUAA